CAAGUUUUUCCUGGCUCUACUUGUAUUUCGUUUACUUGUCUCCUCCUGUAUCUGAGAUCACUCUAGACCUGUCGAUACUACUUGAAGUAUAGACGGCUCUGUGUCCUAAUCCUUCGAGUCGCACAACGUAGUUCAUUUGAGGCCUCACCUCGGGUCAUCUUCUCAAGGCCUUUUCUUCUUUUUUCGCGUUUCUCCUCCUUUUCCUUUCUUUACUCUCACUUCUCUCUGGGUUUGCCCUAAUCUUGAAUCCAAUAUGAGUUCUGGCAUACCGCCUUGGCGUGCUAGCGCUUCGGCGACUGCUACGACUGCCGUUUACCCCAGUCACGCAACCCCAGCAUACAUACCAGUACAAGCACGCCGUAGCCUUACUACCCCGGCCUCGACUUCCGCGACUCCUGCUCCUCAGCCGAAAACAACCGCAGCAGAUGCGGGUAAUCGAAAGCGAGUAGAAUGGCCGGAACCCGUCCGCAAGUAUGUACAACGCUGCUUCGCUCCUGAAAACCAAAUUUCCGGAGUCAGCAGACAGGAGAUGGAGGCCAAAUUAAGAUCUGUCAUAACCGAGGCAGCACAAUCCGACGUACUCGACAAGAUCAACUGGGAAGCCCAACCGCUGCCGCAGGUCAUGGUCCAGAAUGACAAGCUCAGGAUACUGACCAACCCCGAGGCUUCCACCUGGGGAACUCCUUUUGCGGCCCAAUCACCAAAGCGUACUGCAAGCGAUGAUGCAUCGAGGAAGCGGAAGUCGGCUGAGUACCAGACGGAGUCAAAUGCCUGUCCGCCGUGGAGGCAAACUAACAAGUCCAAUGUCUUUGAAGAUCGAGUCACUUAUUCACCCACAGACAAGCGCCAACGCAUAGAAUCCAAGAAUUCAAAUAUCCGUCCUCUUCCUGUCCUGAUGAAGACACUGGAUCUGCUGAAGAAGAAGUGGAAGAAGGACAACAACUACACAUACAUCUGUGAUCAGUUCAAGUCACUGCGCCAGGAUUUGACAGUGCAGCACAUCAGGAAUGAAUUUACGGUCAGUGUCUACGAGAUCCACGCCCGAAUUGCGCUGGAGAAGGGAGAUCUUGGUGAGUAUAAUCAAUGUCAGACGCAGCUGCGGGCUUUGUAUGCGCAACAAUUGGGAGGUCAUCCGACCGAGUUCAAGGCGUACCGUAUUCUCUACUUUAUCCAUACGCGCAACUGGACGGCAAUGAACGAUGCCCUGGCCGAUCUAAUCCCAGCAGACAAGCGGAGUGCAGCCGUCAAACAUGCAUUAGAUGUGCGGUCUGCUCUGGCUCUUGGCAACUACCACCGGUUUUUCCAGCUUUAUCUCGCUACCCCGAACAUGGGAGCGUACCUGAUGGAUAUGUUUGUGGAUCGCGAGCGACUUUCCGCCCUCUCGGCCAUCUGUAAAGCAUACAAACCAGACGUAAAGAUCCGAUUCAUCACCGAAGAGCUAGGCUUUGAGUCCGACGAGCAGAGUGCGCGCUUCAUCCUGGACCAUAGUUCGGAGGACAUGCUCCUGGAGAAAGAUGGAUCUGUGAGAUUACUCACAGGAGGAAAGGCCGCCCAACUGUUCGAGGCGGCAAAAGCUGACGCCCAUCGCGUGAUUGAUAUCAAGGGACAGAUCUAAGUUUCAUUUCCGUUCCCUAUCUCAUUGAACUACGCUCUCCCGUCACCAUCCUGAAUAACCUUCCGUCCGCACGAUCACCCUACACAUUGUUCUGGUUAUCUUUUAUCUCGUUUCUCUUCUUUUCCUUUUCCCCCUGUCUGUUCUGCUCUGCUCGAACUCAUCCUCCGACCGCCUGCGUUUGCGGUCCGAUAUACCCCGUCAAUAGCAAAAGCACUGGCGUCUUUCAUCUUCGCGCUUUGGAGUUUGGCAUACGGUACCUAGUGCAGCAGGAUAUUCACCUGGCAAAUUCAUUAUUCCGUACAUACUGCCUAUUAAGUCGAAGAUAAAU